UAACAUUUACACAGCUGUGUUCCAUUUACAUAUGUAUAUCACAAGUUGUUUCCACUACUCAAAGUAACCACACCAAAAUCAUCACAAAUGAUGAUCCUUGUUCAUCUCUCCAUCUUCUUCUCCAUCCUUUUCAUCUCUCUCCCAUCUUCUCACAGCUGCACCGCAAAUGACAAAAAUGCCCUCCUUGAAAUCAAGAAAUCACUUAACAACCAUCCCCUCCUCUCGUCUUGGACACCCCAAACCGAUUGUUGCACCGUCUGGAGCGGCGUCCAAUGCACUGACGGCCGUGUCACCUACCUAACUCUUUCCUCAAGUUAUUUCUCCGGAAACAUCCCACCCGCGAUCACCAAGCUCAAGAGCCUCGACAUCCUCUUUUUUAAGUACAGCAAUUUCUCCGGUCCGAUUCCUGAUAACAUCAGCGAUCUCAAGAACCUCACCUACUUGGGCCUUUCCUUUAACCAAUUGACCGGUCCGAUUCCCGGUUCGCUAUCUCAGAUGCCGAAGCUUCAAGCCAUUGAGCUUAACGAUAAUAAGCUAACCGGUUCUAUACCAGACUCUUUCGGUUCUUUUGUUGGCAACAUCCCUGCACUCGAAUUGUCUAACAAUCGCCUCUCAGGGAAAAUACCGGAAUCGUUGUCAAAAUACGACUUCAACGCAGUGUUUCUGUCGGGAAACAGAUUCACCGGAGAUGGUUCCAUGUUUUUCGGACGGAACAAAACAACUAUACAACUGGAUCUGUCGAGAAACAUGUUUCAGUUCGAUCUCUCUAAGGUUAAAAUUGCUAGGAGCAUACUUAUGUUGGAUCUGAGCCAAAACCGAAUCUUUGGUAAGAUUCCUCGGGUGCUAACUACCCUACGACGUCUCGAGCGUUUCAACGUGAGCUACAAUCGUCUCUGCGGGAAAAUCCCAAGUGGCGGUCGACUUCAGACCUUUGAACCAUCUGCCUACUCUCAUAACCUCUGUCUUUGUGGGACUCCGCUUAAGGCUUGUUGAAUUGGUUUAAUGUUGGCAGAUGAAAAAAUAAUUACGUUUAACCAUGAUGUUUGUGUUAAUCAUCACCGCCGGCCAUGUUAAUUGUUACUUAUUAAGAAAUUAAUAUUAAGAAAAGGGUAAGAGCAACAACAAUGGUUGAGUCCUUAAAGGAUUCUUAAACAUAUUUGGUUUUUA